AUGGCGGAGCGUAUCGAGCAGCGGCUGGAGGACCGCGUCCCGGAGCUGGAGCAGCUGGAGCGGGUCGGGCUGUUCACGCGCAGGGAGAUCAGGGCCGUCCUGAGGAAGGCCUCGGCUCUGGAGUACAAAAUACAGCGGAGAGCGCUUCGGAAGGAGGAUUUUAUUAAUUAUAUUCAGUAUGAAAUUAAUCUGCUGGAACUGAUUAAGAAAAGAAGAGCACGCAUUGGCUAUUCAUUUAAGAAGGAUGAAAUUGAGAACUCUAUUCUGCAUAGAGUCCAUAGCCUCUUCAACCGUGCUACAGGAAAAUGGAAAGAAGAUGUCCAACUUUGGCUUUCACAUGUUGCAUUUUGCAAGCAGUGGAAUGCAAAACAUCAGCUUAGUAAGGUGUUUUCUUCAAUGUUGGCCAUUCAUCCCAAUAAACCAGCACUGUGGAUUAUGGCAGCAAAAUGGGAAAUGGAGACACAACUCUCGUCAGAAAGUGCUAGGCACUUGUUCCUUCGUGCUUUGCGCUUCCAUCCAGAGUGCCCAAAACUUUAUCAAGAAUAUUUCAGAAUGGAGCUGAUGCAUGCUGAAAAACAGAGGAAGGAAAAGAAAGAAUUUGAACAAGCAAAGAUGGACUUGGGGGAAUUCAAUUAUUCUGAAGAGAUUCUCAAUGGGGAAAUGGCUCGCAUAAUCUACAGGGAUGCUGCUCAGAAAAUUAAAGGUGUUGAGUUCCAUCUGGGUGUGCUUUCUAUUGCAAAGCUCUUUGAUUUUACUCAAGAUUUGCAAAAAGAAAUUCUUGAAAGUUUGCAGACCAAGUAUGCUGAUGAUCCUCUUACAUGGGACUACAUGGCCCGUCGUGAGCUGGAGCUGGGGUCCCUGCAGUCCAGAGAACGCACCACAAAACAGAUGAAAGUAUCUGAAAUGACCCAGAGAGAGGAACGGUGCUGUGCAGUCUUUGAAGAGGCUGUGAGAGCAGUCCCAACAGAGGACAUGUGGAAAUGCUACAUCACUUUUUGCUUAGAGAGAUACAACAGGAAAACCAACAGUGAAGAAUUAAAGCAAAAGAGGCUGGAGAGGACACUGAGUGUGUUCAGCAAAGCCGAUGAGUCCAGUUUGCUGCCAGAAGCUCUCUAUAAGCAGUGGCUUCAACUAUUACUGGAGUCCAACCUCUUUGAGAAGGCUACGGAGGUGGCAGAAGCUGCAACUAAGCGCUUCAGCCUGUCAGUGGAAAUGUGGCAGAUGAGGCUGCAGGUGCUGAUCCAACUGAAGAGUGACGAUGUGACCCAGUGUUUUGAAGAAGCCGUUAAGCACGUGAAAUCUAAGGUCUGUGGCACUUUGCCAUUAUGGACCCUCUGGGUGGAAUGGAGUGAAGGCACAAACAGCAAGGAAGACACAGAAGCUCUCUACCAGAGAUCCUUACAUGCCACAACUCCUGCUGAAUCUGUGACUAUGAAAGAAAUGUAUCUUGACUGGACUUACAGAAAUGGUGGUUAUAAGAAAGUUAAAAGAGCCUUCACCAGCCUGUGUGAAAAUCGUCCAUUUUCGCUUGACUUCUUCAGGAAGAUGAUCCAAAUAGAAAAGGAGCAAGAAUCCUGCAAAAUGCUUCAUCUGAGAGAAUACUAUGAACGUGCCUUGAGAGAGUUUGGUUCAACAGAUUCUGAUCUCUGGCUGGAUUAUAUCAAAGAGGAGCUAAGUCAUCCCCAAGGCAAACCAGAAAACUGUGGGAGCAUUCACUGGCGAGCUAUGAAGAUGUUGCAGGGAGACCUGGUGGAAGACUUUGUUUCCAAAUACACUUUAUUGCAAACUGGACAUUUAUGAAAAACUAUAAAUAGUUACAACAUGACAGUGCGCUUUUUUCUUUAACUUCUUUGUACAAAGGUAAAUACGUUCCUGGAUCUUAUUAAAGUUUACCUUCUUUACA